GUUCAUCAUAUCAUCGAACCGUUUGUCUCCACUUUUCUCCAUACAAUGUUUCGUCCUUUGGCUCAACGUGUCGAGUUCGGGUUGAUCCACACUAAUGUGGCUAAAUUUUCAUGGGUCCGACAUCAUGACCCAUACUCUUGGUGUAUAUGUGUCAACAUGUAAGGAGUGUACUUCUCCUGACACAACAUUCCAUUAUUAGUUUGUUGGGUUUACACAUUACAUACUUCGAAACUAUGGUAGAUUGCAACUCAACCGACAAGUAGUUCGUGUUUCUGAAACCAAAACAACACACAGUUCUUAUCUGCUUAUAUUGGGUCAAUGCCUAACUUUGACUCGGUCAAAGAAAUGAUAACGCCCUUUUAACAACCUUUCAUAUACUUAAACCAAAAUGUCACCAUCAUCAAUAUCAUCUACCAAACUUUCAUUGACCCCUCUUUACAGAACUAUGAAGAUUAGUUAACCCGUAAGCAGUCCUGCCCGUAAGUACUGCAAAGUUGGUUGCUUUGUGAUUAGAUACAAAGACAUCUUUGAGUCUUCUAUCUGUGCAUGAUUAUUCACUUUUUCUCUAAUCAAAGAAUAUAUUUUUAUUCUAUGUAUAUAUAACUAAACUUGGAACCCAGAGUAGUAUCAGGGGCGAAUCUAGGCAAUGUUUCCACUGGGUGCAUUAAUAAUAAUAGAACCUAAAAAGAUUAAGCUUAAGGAUCGAACCCAAUUUGUUAUGGGUGCACAACUUUAAUUUUCCAUCUAACCUAUCAGAUCCUUUACAUUUUCCAUUGCCAAAUGUAAAUUAUAUAUAAAUAUUAUGGGUGCACAGGCCCCAUAGUACAAAGCCUGACUUCGCCGCCCCUGAGUAGUAGUACAUUUUGAAAUUGUUCUCUAUUUUAACAUAAGAACAAGUUAAAGCUUAAACAUUACUGCUUCAAAAAAAAAAAACAGAGAAUCAGUUGAAACUAUGUGCAAUAUCUACUCAGGAUCGGCCAUAGGCAUUGCCAAGUGAAACAUUGGCAUAUAGUCCUCAAUUUAAAAAAAAUAAUAUAUAUAUAGAUAAAAAUCUCUAAACUUGUAAAAAUAAAUUUUUUAAAUUUUUUUAUUAAAUUGUCUACAGUCCCUAAAAUUCAGGGCCAGCCUUGUACCAACUUUAAUUCAUUCAAAAAUAUUAACCUUAAUCUCACCUCCAAAAUAUUAAAUUUUAAACAAAAAUCAAUAAACUAAAUUAAAAAUAUAAAAUAUUUUUAAAUAAUUAAUACUGUUUUUGGAUAUUCUACUCUUAUAUGUUAUUUUAAAAACAAAAUUGUGUUUUAGUGCUAUGUAUCUCUUUAAUUAAAACAGUAAUCACAGUUAAGAUCGUAAGGAUAUGAAAUAGUUAUGCGUUAAAUUAUUGAGAUUAUCCUUAAUAUUUAAGAAAAUUUAAAAGACUCCCUACAAAAUACUCCCAAUAAAUUAAUAACGGAGCUUCCGAAUCACGCACGUUGCCGAUAAUCUAACUAUAAAUAUAGUGAAAUCAAAUAAAGCAUAACUAUUUGAUUUAUCUGUGCGUGCAUAACGAUAAUCUAACUAUAAUCUCUCAGGAGGAGCUUGUUCAAUUCUAUGCAUAACGAUAAUCUAACUAUAAAUAUAGUGAAAUCAGUUAUUCCCUGUGAUGUAUCUCUCAGGAGGAGCUUGUUCAAUUCUAGUAAUAACCGGAGGGAAAACGAUAAAACAACUUCUACAUAUUAUGUCUGAAGAUGACACAGUGCCACUUACUACCUUGCAAUGCUUCUUGAUCUUCAGCAUCCUCGCAAUCGUCAUGUCUCAGUUUCCGAACAUGAACUCUCUUUUUGGACUCUCGUUGGUGGGUAGCGUUAUGGCCGUCGCAUAUUCCACUGCAGUAUGGACUUUACCUCUAGCUAGUGAAAGGAAUCAAAACAGUGUCUCUUAAGCUACAAAGGAUACAAGUUUCGAUAACAUUUUCAACGCCAUUGGAUUGAUAGCUGUUGCAUUUCGCGGGAAUAACCUCAUCCUCGAGAUACAGGUCUUAAGAUCAUAAUGAGUAAAAUCACAUUUAAAACUGAUUAAUACGUUUUGAACUUAAUUAUUUUCUCUUUUGGUUAGCAUUGACAUGGUCUUGUUCUGAUAUUUGUAGGGUACUCUUCCGUCGGAUUCAAAGAAUCCUUCGAGUAAGACGAUGUGGAGAGCCGUGAUGAUCUCUCAUGUCAUAAUCGCUGUUUGCAUGUUUCUAGUCACCAUUGUUGUAUAUUGGGCAUAUGGUGACAAGGUAUGUCAAAAUCUAUUGUAUAUAACUUAAGAAACAAGAUAUAUAUAAUUUUAUGGACCGUUAAAGUCUAAUUAUUACUUUAUCUGUUUCAUUUUAGUUAGACUCUAAAUUUUGUUUCAUUUUAAGAGUCAUUUUAUAUUUUCAAUGCAUAUCCUUUAUAUAGUAAAUCACAAGUCACUCCACCAAUUAAAAUGUGCCACAUGGAAUUUAUUUACAAAAAAUACAAAUAAUGCCCUUUAAAAAAAUCCUGGUCCCGAAUACUUUGUUAAAUCCCUAUUUUUUCUCGCAUAAUCACCAACACGUUCAAGAUAAAAUCACGAUCAGAAACUGUUUUAAUCUUAUUUAUUUUACUCUUCUGUUUUCUUAACAUAGAUUUUACUUUCUUCUCAUAGCUUCAGUUUCCUUCUGUCGAGUUCUUACUCUGCGCAGAAACAAAUUCCAUACAAAUUUACAGUUACUCUUAUUUUAAUUUUUAAAUGAUUAUUUUCAAUAUAGAUUCAGUUUCCUCUGACUCUCAAUUAAUAAUUUCUUAAAUGUUCAUUUCAGGGAAAAUGACACUUGGUUAUGCUUCUGUUUCGAAACUUACUUUCAAUAAAAGGAUGAGAAAUCAAGGUUUGCACAAAGCCACAAACUAAGCUUUGAAGAAAUCAUAUCCCAUGAGCCAUUGCUAACAAAUAAUUGACGUGAUAGCUACUUUACCGAGGGGAAAGAGUAUCAACAGCUAUGAUGAUUCAAAUUGGAUAUUUACAAAUUUGUUUGUCAUGGUUUGACUAUUUACAUAUCUAUGUUUUUUAUAGAAGAGUAUAUUAGACUAUCUUACAAAUUUUUGUAGGUCUAUUAACUAUUUUACAUACAUGUUUAGUUUCAUAGUUUUUAUUAUAUUAAUUUUAAGUAAAAAGGAACACUUAAUUAAAAAACAAAUACAAAUAAACCUGAAUGGAUCAAAUAUGAUAUUACUAGGUGGUAUCCAACUCCAGGAAAAAUGUGUCUAAAUAAGUUCCAUUUUGAUAAAAACAUAAAAUAAAUCUGUUGCAACUUUUUUUUAAAAGAUAGUUUAAAUACAAGAAAAGUUUUCUCGUGCUUAGCACGGGGUGAUAAUACUAGUAUUUGUUAAAUUUCCAGUUUUAUCUCUAUCCUUAACUUCACUAGUUAUCAAAUACAUAUAAAUUUAUACAUUAAUUAGAAGUAAAAAAAUAUUUAAUUGUUUUUUAAUAUGUGUGAAAAAAUUAGAAUGACAAUAAAUUUGAAACGGAUGAGUAUAUUUUUUUUUGUGUAACCUUUACAGACUUCACUUCAUGAUCAGACUUUAACCGUCCAUAAUAGUCAGUACGCAAGAUGCAUAUCUUUUUCCUUAAGUUAUCCCAAUAAAAUCUAACACUAAUAUAGUAUAUUGUUGUUUUUGCCAUGGCGUUAAAUCUUGUGUUUGAAACAAUUGAUGCGUUAAUGUUAAUUCGUAUAUAUGUGGUAGAUUCCGGCUGGGGAGGUCCAAUAGGAAACUACCUGAAACUUUUUGAGCAAGACUACUCAAAACGAUCCGCUUGCUUCAUACACCUCACGUUCAUCUUCAACUGCUUAUGCUCAUAUCCCAUAAACUCAAUGCCAGCAUGUGAUAACGCAGAGAUGGUGUACAUAACCAAGACACAAAAGCCUUGCUCCUUCUUUGUUCGGAUGAUGUUGCGCGUGUUAUUGGGUUUGGUUUGUUUCUUUGUAGCCGUUGGAUUCUCGUUCUUGCCUUAUCUAGCGGUUCUUAUCGGAGCAGUAGGCUUGCUUGUUACGUCUACGUACCUGUGUUUCAUGUGGAUAUCUAUCAAACAGCCCCAAUGGAAAAGCUUAAUGUGGUUGCUUAAUGUUUUGGUGGGAAAUUUAGGCGCGUCUCCCAGCGUUUUGCUUGUGGUUGCGUCGGCUUUGCGUUUGGCUGAUAAGGGUUUACAUGCAAACUUCUUUAAACCCUAGAGCAUAUUCUUGCAACUGCUAGCAUGUAAAUAUGAAAUUCUGGUACAAGUAGUUAAUCUUGGAAGCACCUUUACUUAAUCACGAGAGGCUUGGAGCUGAAAACAGCAGCGUAUUAAACUUGGAUUAAUAAGUCUCGAUCAAUGGCAUUCAGAUAAUACGGAACCGCUUAACAUUUUAUAAGGAGUUGGAGAGUUGGAUUAAACCAACUCAUGAUUUAAACACACGAAAAAUCACUUAUGGAUAAAAAAUAAUGGAAAUCUAAAAUAUUCAUACUUUGUACUUAUCAUAAUAAGUAUUUCUCACAAGAAAGAGGAAAUCUAAAGAAAGAAUUUUAAACAAUGUUAAAUUGAUUCAAACAAUAUGAUUUUAAAUGGAUGUUGCAUUGUUUCUGAGUUUCUGAUCUACUCAUAGUGGUUAUCUCUAUCUAUCUUGUAGCAAGCCAUUUUGACAGACCUCCUAAAUUAUUAUUUCUAUAAAAUCUAGUAGUGUAAAGAAAGUAAUGACUACCGUAUUUAUGUUGGUCCAGGCCUUUACAUGCAUAUCUCACAGAAAUAACAAAAAGAACUGAUUCGGCUGCUCAUUUCUGUCAAAGAUCAGAGAAGACUUAGAGAAAUCAUGUUUCUUGCCAAGUCGAUCCACACUAAGAGUGAUGCUGCAUCUGAUACUCCGGAAGUUAAAAUUCAUAUAUUUAUUCGAUCGAACUAUGACAUGUAAAGCCUCCGUUCAAAAAAAUAAUAAUAACUAUGACAUGUAUUUGGUAGUGUUGUUUAAUUUACCUCAAAAAUUAUACAAUUUAUCUCACAUCUUAAAAUGUAAAAUUAUAUCAUAUACAAAGCUCAUGUAUUAUAAUAACUAGGUAAGGAACCCGUGCGAUAUCGCACGGAAACUCAUUUUAUAAAAAUAAAUAUGCUAUAUUUUAUAAUAUAGAUUUUUAUAAAAAAAUAUUCUUACAAUUUAUUUUGAGGAAAUACAUGUCUUAGCAUGAAACUAUCUUCUCUUUUAUUAAUAAUACUAAAAAUCUACAUUUUGUUUAUAGGUUUGGUUGUAAUAAAUUCAUAAAUAUUUUGAAUAAACUUUAUUUUGAAAACGAAAAGACACAUAUUUUUAAUUCCUUAAAAAUAUAAUAAAAAUAAUAUUCACAUGAUAAAAUUAACAUCAUAAAAAUUAUGCAGUUUAUAAGAAUAAAAGACACACCCUUGGACAUUUUUAGUAAAUUUAUCAUUAUUGCUUAUUAUUAUGCACUUUUGAUUUUAGAAUAUGUUAACAUAAUAAAAUUUAUUUGAUAAAAUAUGUCUUUAUCAGUGAGUUUAAAACAUAUUACAGUUUAGUUAAGAAAAAAAUAAAGGCACACUCAUAUAAAAAUAUUAAUUUUCUCUAAAAUAUAAUUUAAACUGAAAAUAUAUUAACUUUUUUCAAAAGGAUUCACUUUUAAAACAUUUUAGUAUUCUUAAAGAAUGCAUCUACUCAACAGAAAAAAAUAAUAAACAAAUGAAUACUUUCAUGAAAACUAAAAUAAAAAUUAAUUAAACUGAGAAAACUGAGAAAACUAAGAAUUAUAUAAAUAAAUACUCUUGCACUAUUCAAUUGUUACGUAAAACAUACAACAACUUAAAAAUAUAACCAAUUGGUAAAGGCACACACACUGACGUUUCCAUGCAUGUUUAAAGUUAUUAUAAUGAACUCAUUUUAUUAAAAAUGUAUGCCCUUUUUCAUUUAUAAUAUUGCUUUAAAUUUCUGAAAGAAAUUUUGUAAAACACUAACACAAACUAUGGAACAUAAAAUUAAUUAAAUUGAUAAAUUAUGGAUUUACCUUUUUGAAACCAUUAACAGCUUUUAUUAGAUUUUCAAAUAGUAUUUUUGAAGUAAAGGUGGUAUUUAGAUAUAAACACUCUAAAAAAUUAUUGGUUCCUCAAACAAAAUUUCUCACCUUAGGCUAAGAUAUUAGAAUAACAGAAAAAAAAAUUUCAUGUGUUUAUAUGUUUCUUCAAAGAUUUUCGAUGAUUUUUGAACAAUAAAUCUUUUUUCUAAUCUAUUUAUGAUUGUUGUGUUUUUUUUGUUGUGAUUUGUCAAUGUCCACAACUCUUUAUAUAAAGGACUAAGAGUUGCAAUGGUUGUUAACACGGUAAGUUGCAAUGAUUUAUCACCAAAGACUAAAGUCAGCUACGAUUGCAAUAGUUUAUCACUCAAGAUUGUAAUGGUUGAUCACUAAAAAUUACAUUCACCCAAAGUUGCAAUGUUUCAUUUAAUUAGUUAUAAUUGUUUCACCAAAAAUUGCAUUGAUUCACUUGAACUGUUACAAAUUUUUAUUUAAUCGCCAAUAAUUCUUCUAUUUAUGUUUAAUAGAGGUUAUGGAACUCAUGUAUAAAGGAAAGUAUUUAACCAAUACAAUUAUUAGGAUGAAAAGACACAUAUUUAAACAUUUUGACAAUUUGUAUUAAACUCAUACAAUUCUUAAGAUGAAGAAACACAUUGUUAAAAUGAAAAUACACAUUUUUAGAUGUGCAAUUCUUAAGAUGAUAAGAUUUGUGCAUAUAUAAGAACAAAACUAUAAACAUUUUCCCAACCACUUGAAUAUCAAAACAAUUUUAUAAAUAACUUCGAAAGAACCUAUAUAAUUUAUAGAACGAUAAAACAUAUUUUUAGACAUUUUAAACUUUCUAAAACCAAUGCUUUCUUACAGUGACAAGACAUAUCAUUACAUAGUUUUACAGUUUACUAAUUAAAUAAAAUAUUUAUAAAGAAAACUUAAAAAAUAUUACAACCCACAAUGUAAAAUUUUUCUUUUUUUACCAUACGUGAUACACUUGGAAACAUUUAUAUAUUUCAACUAAGAAUAAAUCAAUAUGUUCUAUUUUUUGGAAAAUCUUAUCGUAUAUAGGUUUAUGGAAUUUCAAUUAAGUAUAUUUUGGCUGUUAAUCAAUAUAUUAUGUCUCAAACUUCUCCCAAAAGAAUGAAUUACCAAAACAAUAGGAUAUCAUCAUUUCGUUGAAAUAAUGUGUGUAGUUGUAGAUGACCCUAACCAGUCUCUGCAGUAUUAAAUAUAUAUCUUGACAAUUACAACAAAUAAAAAACAAAUCAACUUAUAAGUUAUAACACUUACAAAGUCGAACAUGUGAUCAUAGACAGACUCAUAAUUUGCUUCUUGCGUAUACACGUAGGUAUAUGCGUUCAUCCCACUAAACAUUAUUCAAAUUAGAAUAACAAUACGAUUUUGAACCUUGUUUUUACGUUAUGUGAUUAUGUCUAAUGGUAACGUUACCAUUAUCUAUAUAUAUAUAUAUAAAAUAGUAAACCCGCAUUGAUGUUAGCAAUUUUUUAUAGGAAAAUAAAAACAAGAUAACGUUUAAGAUGAGCUCCCGUGCAUAGGAUUUGUGCUCAGGUUUGUACUGUUUACAAUUUGAGAAUAAUAAAAGGAAAGUAUAAUUCAGAGAUAUACAUCCACGGCUCCAUCGGACUCUCCUUCUCCCUUAUUGGUCUUCUUCUCGGCUACCUUUCCAAAAUACUGAUCAUCAAAUUUAUCGAGGCUAACAUCAGAGACUUUCAGUUUCUGGCAAUCAUUGAUCUUGAAGGGACAAUUUCAAAAAUAGGAACAUAUCAGGUGACACAAGUAAUUGAUGCUUAAGAUGGAUAAUAGAACGUGGCAGAAUUAGAAAAACUCACCGGUCACAAAAAAGAAAAACAGCGGGUAGUUGGUUAAAAAAAAAAAAGGAUGAUCGGCUCUGUCCCAGGGGUGAUGCUGGAUCUGUAAUAUAAUCACAUUCACAAGAAAAAGCCUACUCGGACUACAGCUAUAAAUAUUCAAUAGAUAUCUAGAUUCUUUUGCCAUAUGGAACCAGCCUAAUCAGACAAAUAACAUGUAACCGAAGUUGAGAACAUGCAAGAGAUU